GCCUCCUCCCCGCAGGAGCAGUGGCACCGCCCCGCUUCCGGCGGGGCGCUGCGCGAGCGCCGGCAUGGCGGCGCGGCGGCUGGGCGGCAGCUCUUGGCAGCAGAUGCGAUUGCUGAGCAGGCGGUGGUGCUUGCAGGCGGGCAGCGCCGGGAAACGGGAGCAGAACCGGUACUCCUCUAGUAGUACAGCUCUAGAGAAGACUGUGGAAAACUCAGAAGUUACUCGAGAAGAAAUUGUGCUUCCACGAAGGAAAACCUGGGGUAAGCUAGCAGUUCUUCAAGCACUGGCUUCUACAGUGAACAGGGAUCCUACUGCUGCUCAUUAUAUGUUCCAAGAUGACCCUUUCCUUAUGCCAAGAAAUACAGCCAGUUCUCGUCUACUUUCAUUGUCAAAGGAGUCUGGAAGAAGUGCUGCCAAAUACAUUAUUAAGGAAUUUCCUCAAUAUUUUGACAAGACUAUUGCGGAGCCUAACAUACCAUGUUUGAUGCCUGAGAAUCUUACACCUCAGAUCGAAGGAGUGAGUGAGGCAGCUCUGAAAGAGCGUAUCCACCUCAGAAGAGUGAAAGCUUCUGUGGACCUUUUUGAUCAGCUGCUGCAAGCAGGUAACCCCGUAUCUUUGGAGACCACGAACAGCCUUUUAGAUUUGUUAUGCUUCUAUGGAGAUGGAGAAUCUGCUCAGGAAAAACAGCAUGAACAAAAAGGAGAUUUGGAAGAACCAGAGGGGAAUGCUUCAGAGCAGAAAAGUCCAAAGAGGCAGUUCCAAAAAUCUUUGAACUCGUCUGGCUCUAGAUGGAGGGAGAACAACAAUGCUGAAAGGAUAUUUAAGAUAAUGCCGGAGAGGAACGCACAUUCCUAUUGCACAAUGAUCCGUGGGAUGGUGAAGCAUGGGGCUCCUGCUAAAGCCUAUGACAUGUUCACAGACUUGCUGAAUGAAAGGCACAAGGCUGAUGUGCACACUUUCAAUGCACUGAUUACAGCAGUCCCAUAUCUGAAGGAGAAGUUCGCAGAAAGAUGGGUAUUAGUCAAGGACUUCCUGAAUCACAUGGUUCAACAGGAAGUGCAGCCAAAUGUACUGACUUUUAAUGCUGUACUGAAGACUCUGAGAAGAUGUGGUGGCGUAGGCAGAGGUGUAUCUUUAUCGGUAAUAAAGGAAAUGAAUGCACUUGAUAUAGAGCCUAGCCUUGCAACAUAUGAGCAUCUUCUCUAUAUAUUUUAUCGAUCUGCUGAGCUUCGCCCAUCAACCAUCAUCACUGAGAUAAUAGAAGAAGUUGAAAAGAAGAGUUUCACUCCCCAGGACCCAGAUGACGCCAACUUUUUUGCCACUGCUAUGCAAGCGUGCUGCGAUCUUAAGGACAUCAAGCUUGCCUAUAGGUUAAAUAAGUCAAUGGAAAAGGGAGACAACUGGAAAUUCUUAGACAUGGAUCGGUUAAAUGCCUACUGGUCAAAAUUCUUUUCGCUGCUGUGUAUGAUGGAACAAAUUGAUGUUGUCUUGAAAUGGUACAAAGAAAUGACCCCUUCACUCUUCUAUCCAAGUCCUAGAAAUAUGUUUGACCUCCUUCAAGCACUGGAUGCAGCCAACCACUUGGAAGCGAUCCCUUCAGUCUGGGGAGACAUCAAACAGUUGGGAUUCAGUAGGAGACAAGACCUGCUGGAGGAGCUUUUGUCUUUGAUGAGCAGGGAGCAGCACCCUGAAGAGACUCAGCUGGCAUUUGCCAAAUGUGCUGAAGAUAUUAAAGCUGCCCACGAGCAAUCUGGGAGGGACCAGGCCCCGUUAGAGUGGACAGGCAGUGCACUGGGCCACGUCGUCAUGUUGUUCUCCAGGGCUGGGAGAACCCAGGAUGCUUGGAACAUGAUGGAGCAUUUCCAGAAAAUCAAUAGGAUCCCCACUGACCAAGUGAUGGAUGAAUUCUUGAACUGUGCCAAACAAACCAACUGCCCAGAUGAGGCAAUUAAGCUGGUAAAGCUGGCAGCCUCCUUUGGUCUUCCUUCAACUCUGAAGCUUAAAAGCAGAACAGAGCAGGAAUUUGAACUCUCUGAAAAGCAGAAGAAGGCAUUGGAGAGUAUCCAGUCGGAUAGCGACAGCAGUGAUAGUGACAGCGAUAGUGACCGUGAUUAGCUGUCCCUCCUGCCUUCCCUUUGGAAAAAGUGGGAGCGACUACUGCUUUGACUCCAGGAUGAUGCUUUGUGAAGUGAAAUGGAUUGCUUUGGAGAGAUGCUGCGACUCUCUAUUUCCUACCUGUGCUACAGCACUUCACACCACUAUGAUAUGGAACUACUUGGCAAGAGUAUGAUGUCCUCAUCAGAGCAAGCUGGAAGCUUUAUUGUUUAAUGUCCUCAAAAACUUUGAACACAAACAUGAGAUACACCUGUGCAGUGUCUUCUGAAUCACUGCCUGCAAGAACAAGCUGCUGCUGAGCAGCUGAGGCCUGGGGAGCUCCUGUGCAGAGUGCUGCUUUCUGGAGGCUGCUCAGCAGGUGCAAGUGCUUGACAACUUGAGCAAGAUCACAAUUCCUGUGGCUUAAGCCUGCUCUGGGUUGAAUUCCUUUCCUGCUGUCAAGCUUUCAUGAGCUACUUAAGUAUAAGCUUACUCUGUAUAUAAACAGUACAUAAACAUAUUAAUCACCUGUAGUGUUCUUGCUUGGUGGACCUACAGCACCUACACCACCUUUUGGGUGUUUUGGAACAGGCUGUGGCCUGUAGACUUUAAAGCUGUGAUAGAAAUAAUUUCAUUAGCCUCUGUACAGCUGGAGACUGCAUCUCAGAAGUGUCUGACAUUUAAAAUACAGCUAAUAAUUCCUUAGCUAAAACUACAGAAAGUCUUGCUGCUGGUCUGUGAGAGGAUACAUGAAGUUCCUGCAGAAUGCACUAAUAAACCUCCUGAGGGGACUGUUGAGGAAGACA